AUGGAUAGUUUGCUUACAAUUGUGUGUUACAAGGAUGGUGAAAUAAUUGAUGGCCCAAAUGGGGUGUGUUACAGUUGUCCUCCUAAAAAAGGUGUCUUAGUGAACAAUUUGAUCAAAUAUGAUGAGUUGGAGGAUAAGUUGUGUCAUGUUAUGUCGAUCGAUCGCACUCAUACCAUGUUAUCCAUGAUAUUUCGGUAUCCAAUUCUUAUGUCGAUUGGAAAUGGAAACAUUAACUAUAUACAAUUACCAAUUAAAGAUGAUGAUGAUGUAAGGUUAAUGUUUCAUGUUGUAGCACAAAUCCCACCAUCGAAUACUAUUGAAAUGUAUUUGCAGACACGUCCAAGGGAUCAUUCAUCUGAGUUAAGUCCAUCAUUUGAUCAAGAAAUUAUGGGUCAUGAUGUGGAAAUACCUGCAAAGGGGAAUUCGGCAGUGCAGAUUGAUGAAAUGAAUGAGAAUUUAGCACACAAUGACGAAAUGGGGGGGAAUUUGGCAGUAGUAACUCAGUCAGUCAUGGGAGCGACAAACAAUUAUGUUGACAUCCCAUUUACAAAUGAAAAUGAUGAUGUGGAAUUUUAUGAUGAGGACGAGAUUAAUGAGAUGCAUUAUGAUGAUGAACCUCCAACAAAUAAGGUUUCUUCAGAUGAUGGUGAGCAUAUUAUGCCUUCCCCAAUGUUCAAAGAAUUGAAUUGGGAUGCAAUAAAUAGCAUGACUGCUGAGCCUCUCACACCACGUACUGGAUUGUGGAAUGAAUCCAAUGAGUUGUUUAAAGGAUUGAGAUUUGAGAGUAAAGAAGACUUGCAAUAUGCUGUAAAACGUUAUGCAAUAUGUCGGAAUCAACAUUUGGUGGUUUGUGAAUCAGAACCACAAUUGUGGGCAGUGAGAUGUAAGAAGUGGCAGGAAGGAUGUAAUUGGAGGCUUCGUGCAUGUCGUCGUAAAAGCCAUGGAAUGUUUGAGAUAACCAAGUACGCAGGUCCUCAUACUUGUGUUUACCCUAAAUUAUCACAAGACCACUCUCAAUUGGACUCUACAUUGAUUGCAAGAGAGAUCCAAAAUGUAGUUCAGAGGGAUCACACUACCUCUAUUGCUACAUUACACCAGAUAGUGAAGGAUAAAUUUGGAUAUGAUGUCCAUUAUAGGAGAAUUUGGGAAGCUAAGAGAAAAGCAAUGCUUAGAGUUUUUGGUGAUUGGGAUGAAUCUUAUCAAGCAUUGCCGAAGUGGAUGAACAUCCUUCAGCUAACUAAUCCUGGAACAAAGGUUGUUUGGAAGACAAUACCUUUAGGAGGGAUUUCUGGGAACGUGCGGUUUAUGCGUGUUUUUUGGGCAUUUGGGGCAAGUGUUGAAGGGUUCAAACAUUGCAGACCAAUUAUACAAAUUGAUGGUACAUUCCUAUAUGGAAAAUACAUGGGGAAGCUUUUAAUUGCUACUUCAAUUGAUGGAAAUGGUCAUGUAUUCCCCCUUGCGUUUGCAAUUGUUGAGGAAGAAUCACAGGAUAAUCGCCAUGCAGGAAUAAAUGCUACUGUUAGAAAUCCAUCAGUUGGAUGGAGCCCCCCUCAUGCGCAACAUCGAUACUGUCUUAGGCAUGUAGUGAGCAAUUUUAAUGACAAAUUUAAGAAUAAGGUCUUAAAAGAGUUGGCGUAUAGAGCUGGAUGUCAACAUCAACCGCGGAAGUAUGAGAGAUACAUGGAGGAGUUAAAACGAUUGGAUGAAAAAAGUGUGGCUUGGUUUUCAAAAUUAGACACUCAAAAGUGGACUCAAGCAUAUGAUCUAGGAUAUCGGUAUGGGUGGAUGACCACAAAUAUUGCUGAGUGCAUUAAUGGGGUGCUUAAGGGAGCGCGAAUGUUACCUAUCACUGCACUUGUUCAAUUAACUUUUUAUCGAUGUGUGUCAUACUUUGAGACUCGUAGAGCAGAGAUACGUGCUAGAAUGGCAGUUGGAGAUGUGUACACUGCGUAUGCAAUUGAAAAAUUUAGAAGAGCCGAGGCCAAAGCUAGUGGACACACUGUCACCAUUUUCCAUCGAAUUCAUGAAACAUUUGAAGUAAUUACUGCUCUCCAUGGGUUUCAUAUGGAUAAAGGACGUAACAAACAAGUGGUUAAGCUUAAUGAAGGUACAUGUAGUUGUAAUAAGUGGCAAUCAUUUGGCAUUCCAUGCUCACAUGUGCUAGCUGUUUCUGCUCAUAUGAGGAUUGAUAGUUGGCAAUUAGUUGAAAAAUACUAUAGGUUGGAUGCCUAUGCCAGUUGUUACGCUCCUGAAUUUAAUCCCAUUCCUCAUGAAUCUUAUUGGCCGUAUCCUGAUUUUCCUAUUCUCCACCCUGACCCAACUUCAAUGAGGGAUAAGGGGCGUCCUAGAUCAUCAAGGAUAAGGAAUGAAAUGGAUUUGAAGGAACCAAGCGUUAGGAUUCGAUGUGGUUUAUGUAAAAUAGCGGGUCAUAAUCGUCGCAACUGUCCCACAAAAGAUGGAGGGCAAUCCUCCAACCCCCUUCCUCAUGACAAUUAA